UCUUCUUUUCCUGUUAGUUUGCAUACACGGUGUACCGUCAUCUCACUGCUUCGCCCCCUCCCCGUUUUCCCUUCUUCCAGUCGUUCUCCAUCACCUGUCGCUCUCUCUCUCUCUCUCUCUCUCUCUCUCUCUCUCUCCUCGUUCUCCAUCCCGAUCUAGAUCCCUUUUGUGCAGAGCAACGAUGGCGGCACCGCGAGCUAGAGGAGCGCAGGAGGGGGAGCAGCGGCGUCUUCCGGGGCCGCCUUGGCGGCAUGGAAGGGGACGAAACGGCCGUCGUGGCGGCGGUGGAGGCUGAGGUUGUGGGGUCGGUGAAGACGGAGGAGCACAUCAUGAUCCGGAUCGAGUCCCUGAACAAGAAGUACGGCAGCAACGUGCCGCUGCUCCUGAUGAAUUCCUUCAACACCCAUCAGGACACGUUGAAGAUUGUCGAGAAAUACGCCAAUUCAAACAUCCAAAUCCAUACAUUCAACCAGAGCCAGUAUCCUCGUGUCGUGGCCUUCCAGGGGGAGGACCGUCAAGGAUGGGUGGUAAAACAUUCAUAUGCAUCGCCCGUUAAGGAUGGCUGGCCGACGAGUUCUGAAUAUUGUGACGUUGAAACUCCAAUUAGUGUAUACAGCGAGAUAUAACGAGUGAUUGACAAAAAAACUAUCAGUUUAGGGGUUUGCGUCCCACAGAACUACCACUUUUUUAAAAGUGGCCGAAAACUAUCAAAAAAACGUAAAAACGUGACAAAAAACUACCAGGUUGACUGAAUGGUGGUUUUGACCGUUUUAACCGCGAUUCUGACGUGAGUGGCCCACGUGCCAGGCUGGCGGCCCGCCUAACGGCGCGUGCGCGCGGCUGUUAGAGCCGCUCGUCGGUCGCACCUGGUCGGGACCAGGUCAUAACCUGGCCGACCGGGCCGCUCGUCCCCACCAGCUCUCUCACUCUCCCCUGAGCUCACUCAACUCCUCUCUGCUCUCCCUUGCUUCUGUUUCUUCUUCUCGCGCUCCGGCGACGCCGUGACCAUGACGUCGUGGCUGAACAACAACGAGACGUUGGAAGACGAUGACGAGUACAUGAGUGAGUUCAGCAGCAUGCAGAUGGAGUACUUUCAAACUCCUGACACUGUGAUAGACCCUAGUUUCUGUGGGCUUGUGACUGAAUCUGACAGAAGGUGCAUCCCGCACAGGAAGAGGGCGGGCAAGUUUGUGGCAUUUGAAGGCACUGACACUAGCAGGAGAUUCAUAGGAUGUGCUACUGAGGAUGGUGUGAACUGUGGUGUUCUGGAGUGGGUAGAUGUCCCCUGGCCUGUAAUUCUGCAAAGGUGCUUAAGCAAGCUCUGGGAACAGAAUCUUGGUAGAGCCCAGGAUAAUGAGGCUCAUGGGAUAGAGGUUGCAAAACUGCAGAAGGAGCUUGCUUCUCUGGCCAAUCAGUAUAGCCAGCUGGUGGAUGAUGUGUCCAAGUUGUUUGAUUAUCAGGAUGGAAUCAAACCUCAUGACAUGGGUUGCACAAGCCAGGCAAUCAAUGAACUGAAGGAGAAGAAGAAGCAACUUGAGGAGCAGGCAAAGAUUGAGCUUCAAAUGGAGAAGCUUAAGCUCAAGAAAGAACAAAGGUGCAUCCUUUAGAGUCAAGCUGAUAUAAUCCAGAACACAAGGAAGGCCAUGAAGGCGCUAGAGGUGGAGAAAGAUCUCCUUAAAGAAGAGAAGAAGAAGCUGGAGAAUGUCAUUGCUGAGCUCCUUAAGGUUGGUCAUGGGUGCAAGGAAAAGCUGGACAAGAUAAAGGAAGUUGUGAUGAAGGAGUGAAGUGGCAGCUCCCUGGAUGGUAAGUAUAUGUGAGGCCUAUAUAUAUAAUUGGCCUAGGAAUGAUCAGUCUGAUGCAAAUAUGCCUUGAUCUACUUAUGAACUACCUUUGAACUACCUAAGAACUGUAAUGGGUUCAGAUCA